AACUUGACAUUUCACGUUGCAUAAAAAUUAUAUAACAUUUGGAUGAUCUGAUGAUCCACUUCUGCACAGUAUAAAAACCAACACCACGCGCUUAUCGCAUCAAACCCACCAUGGCUUUUAAGCUCGUUUUAGUGAUGGUAAUAGCUGUGGUUGGAGCUGGUGUUGUUGAAGACUACGACCCUAAUCCACAAUACGCCUUUGGAUACGACGUCCAAGACGGACUUACAGGUGAUUCGAAAAGUCAAAGUGAACACCGAAUUGGAGAUGUUGUCCAAGGAAGUUACUCUGUUAUUGAUCCUGAUGGUACAAAACGUACCGUGAAAUACAUUGCUGAUCCAGUCCAUGGGUUCAAUGCGGUGGUACAUAGGGAACCCAUAGCUGUGAAAACGGUGGCUAAAGUCGCCGCCCCCGCUGCUUACGCCGCCCCAACUUACCAUUAAUUUAUUGUUAUUGUUAAAAACACACCAAUAAAGUAUUUUUUUAAAUAAGACAA